GAUGGCCUCGCGGCCUGGGAGAGCCAGCCCCUGCUCGACAGCACCCUGAACAGCUGGAGCUUCGACCUGGAGGACCUGCGGCGCAGGGCCCAGGGCUCGGGGCCGCUGGACGACUGGAGGUUCGUGGAGCAGGACAACCGCCCCUGGUUUCUCGUCCUGUCCCACGCCGCCAGGGCCGUCACGCAGGUGACCGUGGUGCUGGGGGC